AUGAGGCAUCUGAUUGUAGUUUUUGCCUGGGUAACAGCUUCAGAGGCUUGUUCCUGCUUGCCAUUCACUUCAUUAAAAGAUGUAUUCUGCGCUUCAGACUUUGUAUCUCAUGUGAAAGUGAAGUCAGAGGAUGAUCUAAACAGAAAUCCCGACGACUUUGAGGACAUCAGUUACACCGUAGAACAUAUCUGCGUUUAUCGACCAGACUGA